UUACUAGUGUCGAUGUGUAGAAAUUACAGUUUUUGAGCUGCAGCUAUUUGUACAUCCCAUCAAAUUGUUUGGUUAUGUCAUAUUUAACAAUAAUUUUAAUUCACAAGUAUAUGGGGAGGGGGGCAACUAUGGAUUCAGAAUCAUGACCUUGUUGUGGAUGAUAGGGGUAGUGGCUGUCACCAAAUCCUUCUUCCCGAUCUCUUAAUAUUUACUUUCUUCGGGGCCGUUUGAGUUAACUUAUAAGCCAGAUCAAGUCGGCCAGAUAAGUGGUACCCAAACAUGCAUAUGGUUAAUAGAUACUACUAUAAGUUACUAUCUAUCCGCUCAUACUUUUUGUUUUCUUUAUAUGUUACUCAUGUGUAUUAGUUUUACUUCUUUUCAUGCAAGUAAAACAUGAUAUUGUUUGUGUACUAUCUCACUCCUAUGGAGACUUAGUGACUUGCUACAACAUAAGAGCUGCCAGGCUUCCUGGAUUCCACACCUGUGUCGGAAGUGGAGGAGAGAAACUGCUUCCCGAGUGGUAUACUGAUAAAGGGAUAACUUUAAUUCUUAGCACGGAGAUAGUUAAAGCUGACCUUGCUUCAAAAACUUUGGUCAGUGCAGACAGAGAAACCUUUAAAUAUGAGAUUCUCGUAAUAGCCACAGGUUCCACAGUACUGAGAUUGACAGAUUUUGGCGUACAAGGGGCUGAUUCUAAAAACAUAUUAUACCUGAGAGAAAUUAACGAUGCUGAUAAGAUAGUUGAAGUAACUAAGGCUAAGAAAAAAGGAAAGGUUGUUAUUGUCGGCGGAGGAUACAUUGGUCUUGAGCUCAGUGCAGUCAUGAAGCUUAAUCAUAUGGACGUUACGAUGGUUUACCCAGAAUCAUGGUGCAUGCCUCGGCUUUUCACUGCUGACAUUGCUUCAUUCUAUGAGGAAUAUUAUACAAAUAAGGGAGUCCAUAUCAUCAAAGGAACAGUAGCUGUUGGAUUUAACAUUAAUGAUCACAGGGAGGUGAAGGCAGUUAAACUUAAGGAUGGUAGGGUGCUGGAAGCGGACAUUGUUGUUGUAGGUGUUGGGGCAAGGCCACUUAUGGCUCUCUUCAAGGGGCAAGUUGAAGAGGAUAAAGGUGGAAUUAAGACCGAUUCUUUCUUCAAGACAAGUGUUGAUGGUGUAUAUGCUGUUGGUGAUGUUGCAACAUUCCCUAUGAAAAUGUACAAUGACAUCAGAAGGGUUGAACAUGUUGAUCAUGCCCGUAAAUCGGCUGAACAGGCAGUUAAGGCAAUUUACGCAAGCCAACAGGGAAAAACGAUUGAUGAAUAUGACUACCUUCCAUUCUUCUACUCGCGGUCUUUCGACCUCACUUGGCAAUUCUAUGGUGACAAUGUUGGUGAUGCUGUGAUUUUUGGCAACAAGAAUCCAAUAUCACAAAAUCCCAAGUUUGGGGCCUACUGGGUUAAAGAUGGAAAGGUAGUGGGUACAUUCCUUGAGGGAGGUUCUCCCGAAGAGAACAAGGCUAUCGCCAGGGUGGCGAGAGCACGACCUGCAGCUGAUGAUCUUGAUGCAUUGGCAAAGACCGGCCUCGAGUUUGCUUUGAUGAAUUUGAAUGCAUCGGCAAAUUAGAACUUCUAGUGGGUGCAAAAUUUACUAAAAUUCUUUAACCUCAUUGGUUUCCAAAUAUUUUAAACACUGUUUUUAGAUUUGAUUGGUUCAGGAAGACGUGCAAUGCUUACUCGUAUGUUUUCUAGUACUUUAAAA